CCCCAACUGUCGCUGGGCCCCACCCACCUUCGCAUCCUUUUGCUUCCCUCGCCCUUAGUAUCUUCCCACCGCACCCUCCGCGCGACAAGAACUAGGGGGAGGGGGAAAAGGCAGUCUCUAGCAGGGCGCGGAGGAAGGAAAAAGGGGCCGGUUGCUGGGCGCUUUUGUCUGAGGGGAUAUAAAUAUGGCCACCGGUUCGACCAUCGAGGGGCGCGCUGGGGCUGGCGGCUAGAGCGGCCUCGCAGCCCGCGGUCACACGCACUUCCGGGAUUUAAGAGCUCCCUCCGGAAGGUGAGGGGCGGGCACUUCGGAGUUUCCAUAACAACGUAGGAUGGCGGUACCAGGCCCUCGGUCCAGAGCGGGCAGCAGGAGUGUCGGGGGUCCCGAGGCUUGACGUGGGGGAUGCGUCCCCCAGGCCGGGCCCCUCGGACGGAAGAUGCUGCAGACCAGCAACUACAGCCUGGUGCUGUCCCUGCAGUGCGUGCUGCUGCUCUACGACCUCUUCGUGAACACCUUCUCGGAGCUGCUGCGCCUGGCGCCUGUGGUACAGCUGGUGCUCUUCAUCAUCCAAGACACCGCCGUCCUCUUCAACACCAUCGUCAUUUUCCUCAUGUUCUUCAACACCUUCGUGUUCCAGGCUGGGCUGGUUAGCCUUCUCUUCCGCAAGUUCAAAGGGACCAUCAUCCUGACGGCCAUCUACCUGUCUCUCAGCAUCCCCCUCCACGUCUGGAUCCUGAACCUGCGCUGGAAAAGCUCCAAGCGUUUUAUCUGGACAGAUGGUCUUCAGGCGCUGUUUGUGUUUCAGAGACUCGCUGCUGUUCUCUACUGCUACUUCUACAAAAGGACAGCCAUCCGCCUGGGUGAUCCGCGAUUCUACCAGGAUUCUCUGUGGCUGCGCAAGGAAUUCGCCCAAGUCCGAAGCUGACCUCUCCUUAUGAGAUCCAUGCGGCUGCCUCCCCCGGUCAAUUGCUAGAACCCUAGCCUGGGACCCACGUUGAGGGCCUUGUAGGUGGAGUCAGAAUUCAGAGACUAGCACUCACUAGCCAUUCCUCACCUAUCCCCUAAUCGAUGUCCUUCCUCUGUACAACUUCCCUUGGAGCCUCCCAGCCCAUCCACUCCCUUCCUGCAAUGAAAGAGCUCACCCAACUUCUGGCCCCCACAGAGAGAAUAACUGAGAAUAACGUUGGCACACCCUCCCCAAGCACACUUGGAGACUUGGGACUUGGAGGUUUUAUGCCCCAGAGCCCUUUUGUAUGUGGUUUGUUGUUUUUUUUAAAUAGGAAUUAAAUGCAUCCCUUUUGCCAUAAAUUUCUUAGAUUUGUUUAACUGUUUCUGUUAGCGGUGGUAUCUAAUUUCCUUCCCUUGGGAGCCGGUUCCUCAG